AUGGAGAAGGGCUUGCAGCGCCACCACCACCUGUUGGGCGGCGGGAAGAUGAGGGGCGCGGCGGGGCUGAUGGGCCUGCAGAAGCAGAACUCGUGGUCGCCCGACAUCGAGCGGGACGAGGCCUGGGAGCGGCGCCGCCGCGGCCUGAUGCGCCGGGCGCCCUCGUCGUCCUCGUUCAGCCGCGCGCAGAACGUCACCGACGACGACCUCGACAAGCUGCGUGGCUGCCUCGAUCUGGGCUUCGGGGUCGAGCCGCCCGCGGCCGCUGGCUGCGCGGCGUGCGGCGAGGGCCGGAACCGGCUGGUUGAGACGCUCCCCGCGCCCGACCUCUACUACGCCGUUGCCGUCAAGGGUGGCGUGCCCCCUCGACCAGGUCCAGCCCGCCUGCCUCGUCUCCAUACUCAUGCUGGAGAACGAAUAUUCUGUGGAUGGAUACCAUGGAGAUGGGAGAGAUUAGCGAUGGGGUUGGGAUGGGACAGAUUAAAAAAAAUUACUCUGCCUAUUGUUACUACACCUCAUGCAAUGGGUAGCCUAUGGUGGUGUCACAGAAUCAUCAUUGCAUACGCCAAAAUAAUCUAG